UUGACCGCCGCUUCCUAUUUUGGUGCUCGUUCCUCGAAGCAUUCAGAGACGCGCUGCUUCCCCCUCUCGCUAACCCUAACCCAACGGUCGCCAGCUUCCCUAUCAGAAGGCCCGUUUGGCACCACUCUCAACAAGCACAACUCGGGACAGUGGCGAGCAGUGAUGACGAUGACGACGUGCAACAACAGGCCUGGUCGCCUACCGAUCAUCCGAAUGCGUCAGUUCCUACCGCUCUUACCAUGCAUUGUAGCCACCACUCUCCUGGCCAUCUCGACGAUGCCCGCAGUCUGCGACGCCGCUUGCACGGGCACUACAUCGGCUGAUUUUUCACACCUGAACACUGCUCUUGUCAGCGGAAUCCCCUCCAUUUGCAUCGAUGAUACCAUCACCUGGUCGGCCAACACGCCGCUGCAAAUCCAGUUCUCGACCUCAUUCGGGUGCAACGCCGAUCAGCGAUGCACGUUCGAUGCCAAUCACCACACUUCGUGGUUUUCAUUCCCGGAUAACCAAGGAAACACGCCCUUGACGGUGACCUUUGACAGCUUUGCCUUCAUCAACCUCGCGUACGCCGCAAACUCGGAUGGUGGCAUUGUUGUCGAUCCCGACACCGCGCCGGCCAUCACCCUCAUCUUUAGGAAUUGCUCCUUUACAUCCAACGCGAACACUGCGGUGAGGCUUUCUCGCGCGACGGACACUGUCCAGCUGAUUUCCACGUCCAUCACGGGCAAUCUGUACACCCACAACACUCCAAGCAUUUCCGUUGCCAGAGCAUCUGUUGUCAUGACGGACAUGACUUGCGCAGACAACUAUGCUCCGACGACGAUUGGUGUCUGCUUUAGCUCGGACUACUGUGACAAUUGCAACAACGCCUUGACUAUCACUGGUUCCACUUUUCGGAACAAUACCGGGAAGCAGGGUGGCGCCAUUGCCAGCGCAGGAACAGGAACUGUGUCCAUCUCGCAGUCCACCUUCCUUGCCAACCACGCCACAGACUACGGCGGUGCCAUUCAAGCGCAGCUGUGCAACUCCUUUACCCUAUCCUACAGCAAUUUCACAAGCAACAUUGGUGUUACAGGAGCCGGUGCGAUCGCCUUGAGCAAUCCGGGUCCCGCGGCCUUGGACCAUGUGUCGUUUGUUGCAAACAUGUGUCUCCGUGCUGGGUGUACAGGCGGCGCUGCCAACCUGGGAACGAACGCUGGCGCUGUUGCGAUGAUUACGAACUCGUACUUUGAAGCGAAUUUAGCAUCUGGCUAUGGCGGUGCGCUUUCUGGUGCAAGCAAAGUGCUGACGAUUGCCAACACGCAAUUCAUCAACAAUGGCUACGGAGUCACAAACAAUUCCUACACACGAGGGGGCAUCAUGGAUUUCGGCGACUGCUUGAGCAUUCGAGUCAACAACUCUGUCUUCUCGGGAUUUGCACAAGGUGACGGCGGAUCCAACGCAAUAACACUUUUCACAGCCGAGGGCGCGAACGGCGACGUGGCAGUGACCAAUUGCUUGUUCGAACACAUGUACUCGGGCCAAAACGGACCGAUUUUGGAACUCGCGGGAACGACUGGAUCACUGUCCAACACUGUCUUCCAAAACAUGGUCGCGCCCGUUGCAGACUAUGGCCCGGUCACCAUCUUUCCUGCCGACUCUGCACCCCCGUUUCACGCGUUCGUUGUGCGAAACUGCACUUUUGUCGACAUGGUGGGGUCUCAGGGUGGGGCGCUGUUUUCUGCGCAGUCGCUCUCGGUUUCCAGCUCGACUUUUCGCAACUGCUCUGCCGUCGAGCACAAUCCUGUAGGUGGGGCGAUUCGAGUCAGCUUUGAAAACAUUGCGAGCCCAACGAAGACAGUCAGCAUCAGCUCAUGCACGUUCGUCGACUGUGCUUCAACGGGCAUUGACGGGAGCGGAUACCAGGGAGGCGGUGCCGUUUCGAUCGGGAAUGCCAAGAGCGUGUCGGUGUCGCAGUCUAGCUUUGUGCGCUGUCUGUCGCUCCGACAACCAGGCGGCGCCAUUGCCACCCUGGUCGACCCCGAUGUCCGCGCUGUUGCUCAGCUGACAAUUUCCAACUCCAACUUUACAGGCUGCAUCGGCAGAUACGACGGAGGCGCGAUUGCGGUCGACACGCAGUACCAAACAACAAUUUCUCAGUGUCAGUUUGCCGGCAAUCGCGCAAUCUCUUCGAGUAACCAGCACGGAGGCGGUGCUAUCUUGGUGGCUUUGAAUAGCACUCUGGCGGUUGCAAACUCUGUAUUCUCGAACAACUCUUCCCCGGAUGGCUAUGGCGGAGCCAUCUACCAAGGCGCCAAUACUCACUACGACGGUGCCACGAUCACGUUGACGUCCAACCAGUUCCUGCAAAACACUGCAGCGACGGGCGGUGCCGUCGCGGUCGGCUCUCGGGGACCCGCUCAGCUUGCGCUCUUCAAAAACAAUGCGUUCACCUCAAACGCUGCGCCAGCGGGUCGAGGCUCGGCAAUCUACUUUCUCGAAGAUAACGAUGGCGAAAUGUUCAACAUUUUCGUCAACUGCUCCUUUGUCAAUCACACUCUAAGCCUCCCUGCGUCGACCGUGGUGCAAUUCGAGAAUCAGCCCCGAUCAGCCUUUGUUGGCUGCACCUUUUCCAACAACACUUCCGCACAGAGUCAGUCGGACAUUGGAGUCGAGUCGGACUUGACUUCCAACCGAUACUUUAUCGGAUUGGACAAUCAAUACUCGUCGGGACUGGGCAGUCUCCGUCAGACCGUGUUCAGCAAUCUCGAAUCGUCCAGCCAGAACACCAUCGUGUAUGCGAGCAACACGAGUGAUUAUUGUGAGCUUUGCCGAACACACCAAGUCCUGUGCCAAGCGGUGAAUUGUAACAAGUCCAAUCCCCCACCCGGUGACUCGGGCAGCAGCGCUCCGUUUGCAGCCAUUGGAGGUGCUAUUGGUGGAUUGGUUGCCCUCCUUCUCAUCCUGUUUGUCGUCCGGCGGUAUCGCAAAAAGCGUGCCUCGAAGCCGGAAUUCCAUUCUGCAACCUCGUCUCGAGCAACACUGGCUCGUCCUGAGAACAACACUGUCAUUGCAAUGGAGCCCGUUGUGAUCAACGGCGACAACAGUUUUGGUGUGACAAGCAGCCUCAAGGACUCGCCUCCCGCUGCUCCAACGCAACAGUACGAAAUGAUGGGGCCAACGCCUGCCAAUGGUGGAACAGACGGCGGCUACGUUGCGCUUCAGCCAACCCCUGAUAACGACUACGAAGUGAUGGCCUCAGACGCGACGUCCGGCGACUAUCUCGAGAUGGUGGCGGCGAAGGCGCAGAAGGACAACAUGUACGAGUUGCCGGCUCAAAUGCUGCGCGAAAAUCUCGUCAUGCUCGUCCCACGCUCCAUCAAUCGCGCGAGCGUCGAGUUCAAGCAGGAGAUUGGUCGCGGCGCCUUUGGUCAGGUGUUCAAGGCCAGCAUUCCGACAAUCUUCCACGACCAGCCCAGGCCGGGCGUGCCCACGUCCUUGACGGUUGCCAUCAAGACAUUGCAGGAAGGCGCAGAUGAGCGAUCGCGCGAGGACUUUGCUUCCGAGUCGCAGACGCUCCUCCAGUUCCAGCACACCAAUAUUGUCACCGUGCUGUCCGUCAUGACGGAAGCCGAGCCCCACUUGCUCAUUCUCGAGUACUUGCCGUUUGGCGAUCUGCGCGGCGUGAUUGAAAAGGGCGCCAAUAUGAAUCCGUGCUUGCACCUCACGUUGGCAGAAAAGGUCCACGUUCUCGGCCAAAUCUCGUCGGGCAUGACCUAUCUUGCGUCCAUUCGCUUUGUCCACCGCGAUCUGGCCGCUCGCAACUGCUUGGUCGGUCCGAUGCUGACUGUGAAGAUUGCCGACUUUGGCCUGUCGCGUGCCCUGUCGGUUGAGCGCGACUACUAUCGAGUCGAGACCAAGGGCAAGCUCCCCGUCAAGUGGAUGGCGCCCGAGUCGCUCGAAUACCGCACAUUCAGCACGGCGUCCGAUGUGUGGUCCUUUGGUUGUGUCAUGUAUGAGGUGUUUUCGAACGCGGGCAAGCUGUACGAGGGCAUGACUGUGGAUGCCAUCAUUGACUAUCUGCGGUCUGGCAAGCGCAUGAUGCAGCCAGCUGACUGUCCUGAUCACUUGUUUACGCUUGUCACUCGAUGCUGGGAGCAAGAUGCCAACGCGCGGCCCUCUUUCCCCGAGAUUUCCGGUUUCUUUGCGAUUGCGCGGAACAAGAAGGAUCAGAUUCGUGAUGUUGGUUUGAUUGUUUCAGACGCUUAGGUGUUCUAAAGCGAUGGGGGUUUUUCUCCCGAAGUGCGUUUAGGCUCCGUUUGCUUUCUUUUUUAUUCUCGUCAUUGUAUCGGUUUGUUCUUGUGUGGUCUUGUGUUUGUGUGGUCUUUGUUUGUGUGUUGCGUCGUUUUCAUCCGUUUUCAUACAGUUUCCAAUCAUUUCCCAA